UGUGACUAGAAACUUUAUCUUGAUCCUCGGUAAGCAUCCAUCAUUCUGAAACCAGCGUCCACACUGUAGCACCGAUCAAAGGUCACGCAUUUGGGCGGACAUCUACUUGUUUGCGCGAUAGUAACCAAGUCAAUGGGACUACGUCACAACUCCCGCAGUUCAAAGGGUACACGCCCUGCCCUCUACAGGCUCGCCAGCCAGCCUGCCACAGCCCUCCCGCCUUCUUUAACAGGUGGACGCUCCGCAGCUUCCUCAGUCCUCCUGGGAAACACCUUACUUCCUUUUACUAUCGACUAUCAACACCGUCAAAAUGCCAAAAACGGUCAACGUUCGCGUCACCACCAUGGAUGCUGAGCUGGAGUUUUCCUUCCACCCUAACACAACUGGGAAGCAGCUCUUUGACCAGGUUGCCAGGACAAUUGGACUCCGUGAGAAUUGGUACUUUGGGCUACAGUUUGUCGAUGGAAAAGGUUUCCUCACAUGGCUCAACACCGAUAAGAAGGUGAUGUCCCAGGACGUGCGCAAGGAGACACCGCUUCAAUUCAAACUGCGUGCAAAGUACUACCCAGAGGAUGUGGCGGAGGAGCUGAUCCAGGAUGUGACACGCCGUCUCUUCUACCUACAAGUUAAAGAGGACAUCCUGAGCGAGGAUGUCUACUGUCCCCCCGAGACGGCCGUGCUGCUGGCCUCCUAUGCCAUCCAGGCCAAGUACGGCGAGUACAAGAAGUCGGUACACCAGCCCGGCUACAUGUCCUCAGAGCGCAUCAUGUCACGCAGCGUUCUGGAGCAACACAACUUGUCCAAAGAGCAAUGGGAGGACAAAAUCCAGGUCUGGCAUGAAGAACACGGAAGCAUGCUCAAGGAUGAGGCCAUAAUCGAGUACCUGAAGAUCGCCCAAGAUCUGGAGAUGUACGGCAUCAACUACUUUGAGAUCAAGAACAAGAAGGGCACCGACUUGUGGUUGGGUGUAGACGCUCUUGGCCUCAACAUCUAUGCGAAGGAAGACAAGAUGACUCCAAAGAUUGGAUUUCCCUGGAGUGAAAUCAGGAAUAUUUCAUUUAAUGAUAAAAAGUUCAUCAUCAAGCCCAUCGACAAGAAGGCCCCGGACUUUGUCUUCUACGCGCCACGACUGCGCGUCAACAAGCGUAUCCUACAGCUGUGCAUGGGCAACCACGAACUGUACAUGCGCCGCCGCAAGCCGGACACCAUCGAGGUGCAGCAGAUGAAGGCCCAAGCUAAGGAGGAGCGGCUCCAGAAGAAGAUGGAGCGUGACCAGCUGGAGAGCGAAAAGAAGCGCAGGGAGGCCAUCGAGCGCGAGAAGGACCAGAUGGAGCGGGAGAAGCUUCAGCUCAUGACCAAGCUCCAGGAGUACGAGGAGACCACCAAGAGAGCUGAACUGGAGCUCCGAGAGCAGCUGGAGCGGGCCGUGCGGCUGGAGGAGGAACGGAGGAAAGUGGAGCAGGAGGCGGCCCGGCUGGAGGCCGAAAGGAUGGAGGCCAUCAUCGCCAAGGAGGAGCUGGCCAGGCAGGCUGAGGAUCAGUUGAAGAGCCAGGAGCAGCUGGCAACGGAGUUGGCGGAGUACAGCGCCAAGAUUCUGCUGCUGGAGGAGGCCAAAAGAAUGAAGGAAGAGGAGGCCGACACAUGGCACUGCAAGGCGAGAGAGGUUGAGGAGAGCCUGGUGAAGACGCAGGAGGAGCUGCGUACGGUGAUGAGCAGCGCUCCCCUCGUGCCCCCCAUGGCCACCGCUUCCUCAUCCUCCUCUGACAGCGAAAGCGACCAUGAGCACAGUGAGGAGAACAGCACCUACAGCGCCGAGCUGCAGUCGCAGGGCAUCAACGACCACCGCCUGGAAGAGGACCGGCUCACCGAGGCCGAGAAGGACGAGCGCCUUCGUGCCAAGCUCAAGGCACUGAGCUCAGAGCUGGAGGAGUCGCGCGACCAGACUAAGAAGUCCGCCAGCGACCUGCUACACGCCGAGAACGUUCGCGCAGGCCGGGACAAGUACAAGACACUGCGGCAGAUCCGUAUGGGUAACACCAAGCAGAGGAUCGACGAGUUCGAAGCCCUGUAAUGCCAACAACAACAAUAAAAAAAGCACUCAUAACAUUGAAAAACUACUAACAGCCGUACUGUACAGCUGCCAGCGUGCGUGUCUUCAUGUAGUCUUGAGCAGCUAUUCAAACCUACAUUUUAUUUUAUUUGUAUUAUUACUUUUGACAAAUUACAUAAUUACCUAAGUCAUUUUGGAACAAACGAGAAAAAAUCAUUUAAAAAGGAAGUCAAAAAAUGACAUAGGCAAUUGUGCUAUUUUGUUAACCACUAGUUAAAUAAAGCAUC